AGCCUUGCUCUACCUCUACCGACAACACUAGAUAACAGCUUUGGCAAGCUGACUACUGGCAACCCUAAAACUCUUUUCCGGCUCUCUGUGUCACUGAAAGCCACAACAUGAAGCAAAUAGUUGCUAACCAAAAGGUGAAGAUCCCUGAGGGGCUCACAGUUCAUGUGAAGUCGCGACUGGUGACUGUGAAAGGGCCCCGAGGUACCCUUAAAAGAAAUUUCAAACACUUGGCUGUUGACAUUCGCAUGGUAAACCCUCGGUUACUGAAAGUGGAGAAAUGGUUCGGAUCGAAAAAAGAACUGGCUGCGGUGAGAACCGUCUGCUCUCAUGUGGAGAACAUGAUCAAAGGUGUAACAAAGGGAUUCCAGUACAAAAUGCGUGCAGUAUACGCUCAUUUCCCAAUUAACUGUGUGACCACUGAAGGCAACACAUUGAUUGAGAUCCGUAACUUCCUCGGAGAGAAGUACAUUAGGAGGGUAAGGAUGGCACCAGGUGUGACAGUUGUUAACUCUCCCAAGCAAAAGGAUGAGCUGAUCAUUGAAGGUAACUCCAUCGAAGAUGUUUCCAGCUCAGCAGCCCUCAUUCAACAGUCCACCAUGGUCAAAAAUAAAGAUAUCAGAAAGUUCUUGGACGGUUUAUAUGUAUCUGAGAAGACUACUGUUGUAGCAGACGAGAUUUAAGUUCAUUAAAAAACUAACUUGAA